CAUCGCUUAAAGGUCACAUGUCGGCAAAGCCUCCAGGAGACGAUAAGGAAGCGAAGAAGAACGGCUUUAAGAACUGAAGGGUUCGAAGGAAGUUGGGAGUCAUAGAAGUUGGGAGAUUAAUGGCGGCCAGGCCUCAUGCAGUUUGCCUCCCAAUGGCAACUCAAGGCCACAUAAAGCCCUUCCUCAAGCUAGCAAAGAUCCUCCUCUCCAAGGGCUUCGUCAUCACCUUUGUCUACACCGAGUUUGACUAUGCCCGUCUGUUGAAAGCCGGCGGCAAAGAUGCCGUGAAGGGCUCCGACGACUUCCGGUUCGAGACCAUCCCCGAUGGCCUCCCGCCGUCCGAUCUCGACAGCAACCGGCACAUACCCAGCCUGUGCGAUUCCCUCAGCAAGAACGGGUUGGUCCCCUUUCGUGAUCUCAUAACUAGGCUUGACACUACUGCAGCUCCUCCAGUUAGCCUCGUCAUCUGGGAUGGCAUCAUGAGCUUCGGCCGGAAGGCCGCUGCAGAGCUUGGCAUCCCUGACAUCAUGUUUUGGACUGCCAGUGCCAGUGGUUUGAUGGGCUACCUCCAUUACCCGCAGCUCAUUGACAAGGGCCUGGCGCCACUAAAAGAGGAGAGUGAUCUCACCAGUGGAUUCCUUGACACUCACGUGGAUUGGAUUCCUGGCAUGGGGGACAUUCUACUGAGAGAUCUUCCAGCAUUCAUUCAAACGACGGACCCUGACGAUAUCUUGUUUAACUUCUUGACGAAGGAGACACAAGAGGCCCCCAAGGCCACUGCAAUCAUGAUCAAUACUCUCCAAGACUUGGAGCAUGAAGUUCUAGAUGCAUUGGGACGGAUGUUGCCUCCCAUUUACACUGUCGGUUCGAUAUCCAUGCUUUGCAGACGGAUGUCCAAUAAUUCGUCCAUUUCUUUACCAUCAAAUCUAUGGAAAGAGGACGCUGGUUGCAUCGAGUGGUUGGAUCGAAGGGACCCCAAAUCCGUGUUGUAUGUGAACUUUGGAAGCCUCAUAAACUUGUCGAUGGAGUGCUUGUUGGAGUUCGCUUGGGGGCUUGCAAAUAGUAACCAUUUCUUCUUGUGGGUCAUCCGAUCCGACCUUGUCUCCGGCGAUAAGCUCAUUUUGCCUCAAGAUUUUCUGAGAGAAACUAAAGAAAGGUGUUUGGUGGCAAGCUGGUGCCCGCAAGAGGAAGUUCUUCUCCACCCUUCAGUUGGGGCGUUUCUAACACAUUGUGGGUGGAAUUCAAUACUGGAAACCAUAUGUGGUGGGGUGCCGAUUCUAUGUUAUCCUGCCUUUGCCGAGCAGACGACCAACUGUUACUUCGCUUGUAAGAAAUGGGGGACUGGAAUGGAGAUUGGUGGCGAUGUUAAAAGGGAUGAGGUGGAGGGUGUUAUUAAGGAGGUGAUGGAUGGAGCGAAGGGAAAGGACAAGAGAAAGAAGGCUGGGAAGUUGAAGGAGAUGGCGGAGAAGGCUGUCAAAGAAGAUGGAACCUCUUACUCAAACAUGAACGCAUUGUUUAAUACCUUAUAAUUCUGAGGACUUGAAUAAGUAAUCAUCAGCAUAUUUGUGGUCCUAAAACCCAUAACGUGUCCUUUGGAAUUGGGCGUACCUGUGUGGGAGCCUUGUUGUGCGUUAGUUUUUAAGUGGCGUGUUGUUUUGGAUUCUAGAAUUUGGACUGAUUCUUGU